CCCCCGGGAAGGGAAGAAGUUCAAUGUGCAGCGGACCGGGGAAGUGUGCGCACGAAGUGCGGGAGCUGCGUGCCGUUCAGUGACAGCUCCGUGUGCCGUCCGUGUCCCAGGGAUGAGGAGCCUCCAUCUGCUCUAACUCGGCAGCUGAGAAAGGCGAUUAGGUGACCCCGGCUGACAGACAGGUGGAACUGAAGAAGUUACUGCCAUCGUGUCACAGGACUGGGACGUCACGUGAGGAUUGUUGCCCUCCUCUGUGUAAUGCCACCGCUGGUCUCGCUGCUGGUGACGUUGAACUACUUGUUUUCUUCUGGAGCUGAAGGAAUGUGCGCACCCCAAACAGAAGAUGAAUAAGCAAUUGUGUUCAUCCGGUGUUCCCCAGCCUAUGUAUAAGAACAUUACCGGCAGUCUCUGUUACGCUUCCUGAGUCAAGAACGGAAUAUUAAUAUGGGGGAAGAAAGGAACCUCGGGGUGUCGCAGAAGAUGUUGUCUCCAUCUCGGAGUACCAGCAGUUGCUCCUCAAAGUUGGGAAGUCGCCAGGAUAGCUGGGAAAUUGUCGAAGGCCUCCGCGGUAGCACAAGCUGUAUGCAGGAGCCACAAAAAAAGGAGGGAUUUUUGCUUAAGAAACGAAAAUGGCCUCUGAAAGGCUGGCACAAGAGGUACUUCUAUGUGGACAAAGGGAUUUUGAAGUAUGCCAAGGGUCCGACUGAUAUGGAGAAAGGUAAACUACACGGCUGCAUUGAUGUUGGACUUUCUGUGAUGUCGGUGAAGAAAUCAACUAAGUGCAUUGAUCUGGAUACAGAAGAACAUAUAUACCACCUCAAGGUAAAACCUCCAGAGGUUUUUGAGGACUGGAUACUGAAGCUCCGUGACCAUCGUCUUUACCGUCAGAAUGAAAUUUCCGUGUUUCCACAUGAUCUAAAUACUCAGUUUUUCCCACUUCUCUCAACCACAGAAUCCGCUUCCAGUUUUGAUCCCAUCAGCACUCCACAAGAAACGCCAUUCAUCAGGCAGAACUCACUGAAGCUGGCAGGCGGCCUGAACUUUUCCUGCUUAAAUAAUGACGGCAAAGUCCCAGCCUGGCUCCAGUCUAAUGACGAUAUGGAUAAAUGUGCUAAAGACCUGUCACAGUGUCACAGCUAUCUGGUGGAAAUGAGUCAAGUUCUACAGAACAUGGAGGUUCUUCAUAGGACAUAUUCUGCACCUGCAAUAAACGCCAUCCAGGCUGGUGCUUUUGAAAGCCCCAAGAAAGAGAAAGGAAUACACCGGAAGAAGUGGAGAACAAAAGGCUCCAACAAAGAUGCAAAAGGCUCCUUACAGGUGCCACAAACCUUUGCCGGGAAUGUAAGAUUGCAUGCUUCCAACCCAAACCUCUCCACCAUAGAUUACACAGAGGAGAAACAAUACUCCAGCGGACCGGACAGCUCAGAGUUCUCCAAGAUGCAUGACGAUUUGUGUCAUAUUGCACACAAAGCUUAUUUCACGUUAAAGUCUGCAUACAGCGCAGUGUUCACCGAGCGAGAGAAGCUUAAGCGGCUAUUAGAGCAAGACUCUUCCCCGACCCCUCAAAUUAUGGGUUUGAAGAAUGCCUUAGCAGCAGCUGUAAAACAAAAUGCUGAACUUAAAGAACGCUUACACAGAGUACAUGCUGAUUCUUUGCUUCAUGAUUCAGCCCCUGUUGCAAAAUGCAGUCCAAUAAAGGAGAGGCCGUGUGACGAGAAAAGGCCCUUGGUUCAUCAGAUCUCCACUGAAAGCCGCCGGUCUAUCACAGAUUCCCUUACAGAGUUCUUUGAUGCUCAGGAAGUUCUACUGUCUUCGAGCUCAUCUGAAAAUGAGGUAUCAGAUGAUGACUCGUAUAUAAGUGACAACAUAUCAGAGGACAAUCUAAGCAAUGACAUUGACAAUGAAAGACAAUCUCUAGAUGGGACUUGUGUAGUAGAUGGUUUCCCAAAGCACAGAACGUGUCUUCCAGCUCCUUGUCCGAACACAAGUAAUAUCAGCUUAUGGAACAUUCUUAGGAACAAUAUUGGGAAGGACCUAUCCAAGGUGUCCAUGCCCGUGCAGCUGAACGAGCCACUCAACACUCUGCAGCGAUUAUGUGAAGAACUUGAGUACAGUGAACUUCUCGACAAAGCAGCAGAGACUCAGGACCCAUUUGAAAGAAUGGUUUACGUUGCCACAUUUGCAGUAUCGACAUAUGCGCCCAGUUUCUACAGGGCUGGUAGCAAGCCAUUUAACCCUGUGCUCGGAGAAACCUAUGAAUGCGCAAAUGAAGACAAAGGAUUCCGGUUUAUCGCCGAGCAGGUGAGUCAUCACCCGCCCGUAUCUGCCUGUCAUGCCGAAUCUGACAAAUUUGUGCUAUACCAAGAUAUUCGGUGGAAAAAUAAAUUUUGGGGUAAAUCUAUGGAAAUAGUCCCAAUUGGCACAACGCAUUUGAUUCUUCCAGGUUUUGAGGACCAUUAUGAGUGGAACAAGGUGACCUCCUGCAUCCACAACAUUUUAAGUGGCCAGAGGUGGAUAGAACAUUACGGAGAAAUAAUCAUCAAGAACACCAAAAAUAGGAACUGUCACUGCAAAGUCAACUUUAUAAAGGCAAAGUAUUGGAAUCCAAAUGUGCAUGAAAUUGAAGGAUCAGUGAUGGACGGGAAUAGUAAAGUUGUAUAUCGACUGUUUGGCAAGUGGCAUGAGAGUCUAUUCUAUGGAUCACCGUCUUCACCGAUCUGCAUCUGGCGGACAAACCCGAUGCCCAAGGACCAUGAGCUGUACUAUGGAUUUACAAAGUUUGCACUACAGUUAAAUGAAUUAGAGCCAAAGACAAAACCGCUGCUACCUUCAACUGACACCAGGGUCAGACCAGACCAAAGAUUGCUUGAAGAAGGGAAUGUGGAGGGAGCAGAAGCUCAAAAACAGAGGAUAGAGCAGCAGCAGAGGGAGAGGAGAAGAGUUUUGGAAGAAAACAAUCUGGAGCACCAGCCUCGGUUCUUCAGAAAGUCCAGUGAUGAAUCAUGGGUGACGAAUGGCAUGUACUGGCAGCUACGAAAAGAUCCAGGAUUUGCUAAACUAGACUGCCCCAUAUUGUGGUGAUGACAAAACCAAGCAAUUUUCUAUACGACUUCUCUUUAGAAUCAGGCUGGAACAGAUGCACGUUUCAGUAUAUUUAUUAAAAGAUGAUGCUGGAAUUUCCUCUUGUAAAGCCAGUCUGUCCGUCAUCCGAUAUCUGUCCACGUGUAGGGAAUUACAGCAAAUGGAAUAUCUUCUUAUUCUUUCAUGUUAUAAAAAAAAAAAAAAGAUUGUCUCUGCUUUGCGAGCAUCAUGACAUUUAUCUGUAAAUGCCACCUCCAUGGUGCAGUCCAGUAUACAGCACCUGCUCUGCUGCCAUUAUAUAGCUACACGGGCAUCACAUGCACCAUAAAAUACAUUAACUACAGUGGAUUGUGUUGAAGACCUGUCAUCUCUCCAGACAUGUCAGUUUUAGUAAAUAAUUGUAUUCCACAUGGUAUGACACUUCUGCAGCUUCUAUUCUUAUGACUUCAUGCUGUGCUAUUCCUAUAUUAUUCCCACUAGAAGUGUAUUUGUGUACAAUUGGGUGUUCCUGCACAGCCUGACACUGGCAGUACUGAUUGGACAGUGGUAAUAGCCGUUUGUAUAUGUAUUUAUAAAAUCCUAGUAGGAAUAGUAGAGGUGUUGCGGGACAUAGUCGGGAGAAAAUAUGCUGCAGAAUUGUUUUUACAUAGGGAAUGCAAGUAGUUACUAAGACCUGUCAGGAGAAGUGAGAGGCACAGUCACCAUCAAAUGCAGUGCAAUCUGCAGGCAGCAUGUUAUAGACCAGGAGGAGCUGAGCAGAUCGAUGCCGUAUAUAGUUUUAUAGCUCUUUCUGACUUCAGUUGUACAUGAGGGAGGUGUUCAUCAGUGACUGAUAGCAUUCUUUGUGUAAGUGUGUAUAUAUAGAUAGCUGUAGGUCACUGAUGGCUGUACACAGGGGUGGCUUAAGUUCAGAAAAAUCAAAGAUGUAAUUUUAUACAUUUCCGGUAAAUUUAAAUCCUUGCACUUUGAUUUUAGUUGUACACAGGGGGAGGUGUUAUCAGUGAUUGAUAGCAUUCUCUGUGUAAGUGUAUAUACAGAGAUAGCUGUCAGUCACUGAUGGCUGUACACAGGGGGAGAGACUAAAGUUCAGAAAAAUCUGAGAUAUAAAUGUAUAAAUUACAAGUGUAGCUGAAUCUUUUCCCACAAAACUGUAUAUCAAUCUGCUCAGCUCCUCCUGCUCUAUAACAGGCUGCCUCAGAUUGCAUUUCAUUUUGUGUAUGUCUAACCAAAGAGUUGAUAUUAGCCUCCAUCUAUUUACCAAGCCACUAAAAGGCAUGGAAGUAACUUCUCCGGCAUGUAACAUCUGUACUUUGUCUCAGCAAAUGGAAUGAAUCGGUCUGUAGUAAUAUAAACUAGGUUAAAUCCGAUUCUUUACUGGAGCUAACAGCUUCCUUUGCACUUAAAGCCAUUAGCCACAGGAAAUGAUGAGCGCCCUGACAUGGCGUGUUUAUUGAGGAAUCCAUAAACCCGUUAUGUCACUGACUCUUAAGCACUUUACACGAAUCCAAAGUGAAGGGAAGUGAGAACGGAGGCCCGGCCGAUACAUUGCAAUAUAAUAUAGAGCCAGCUCCUGGAAAGGUCAGCAUAAAUUGGAUUAAUGAUCAGAACUGAGCACAGAUAAAAUGGCCACAAAUGUCUACAUUUACAGGAUUAAUACCCCCCCCCCGGUGGUGAACUCACUAAUCAAUAUCAUUUUGUUAGGGCAGAAACAAAUGUCAGCCUCCCUCUUUAGGAAGUAUUACAUUUUUUGGAAAACGCAUUUAAAUUACACGUUUUAGAUGCUUUCCUCUUCUCAUUACGGCUCUUAUAUCUAAAGCCGUCAUAGACGGGGAAUCUUCACAGACUCUCCCCCAACAGCCAGGGUCAGAAAACGGAGCAUGCCGGAAUUUAACUGGCCAAAUGCAAUAGUUUUUUUAAAAUAAAGGGCAUAGAUGUGGGGGCGACACCUGCUUAUCCCCAGAUAGAGCUAUCGUAUACUUGAGGGGUCCGUCCACUACUGUGGAUUUUGUCGCAAAUCCAUAGUGUAUUUCUGCCUGGAUUUAUUUCCCGUAGCGUCAGAAGAUUUGCUGCUGCUGUAAUAUGCCGUAUACUUUCAUCCUGCGAAUCCAGAUGGAAAAUCAUCAGCGUGUCCACCAUGUGUGAACAGCCCUUUUAUAGUAAAGUCGGGAAACGAUGGUUUCAGCAUCAGUUGGUGUGAUGUAUGUCUGGAUAUAUAGCUGUGCCGCCCAUGAAAGACUGGAUAUAGGGAGUCAACAAGGGGCAGAAAAACGGCCUGCGCUAGAAUGCAACAUUUAAAGGGGUUGUCAUCUUGCCGAUACUUAGGUGAGAUGAGACACAGUUCUGACCACUUCCAGGCUGGGAAACAGCUGAGCGCUCCAAUGCAGAGCGCUCUGCUGUUUCCUGGCCUCGAGAUGGUCGGAACGGUGUCUCAUCUCGCCUUGGUAUCAGCGAGAUGAGACAACCCCUUUAAGGGUGUUUUGUAGGAGCAUUUUCUCUCCAGUCCAUUUGCCCUCUAACUACACAAUUUUUGGACCAUAGCAAAAUUUGAAACAUCCAAAGUCGAUUCGCAGUAUUAGAAUGUAUUGGCUCUGAUGAGCUGAAGUUAUCGCUUCGCGAAGUCUCGCGAGACUUCGUGUAAUAACUUCAGAAAUUUAUUUGUACUGUAAAAAAAAAACAUUUCCCGAACUCUGGUUCGGUUCCAAGGUACCACUGGUACUUUCUAUCAGUCCCAUCUAAUUCCAUCUAUUUCAGCCGCAUUAGGAUGGUAUUUUUAAGAACAGGAAACAGUCUCCGGGAAAUGUGUCUAUUCUGCUGCGUGUGCUCGUGUCUGUCACUACCAAUUUUGGGUAAUUUUUACAGAUUUGAAAAUGCUAGCUGGGAUCCAGGAUGGACGGUGGAUCCCCAGUUUACUUUCUCUUGCAUUUUACUGAUGCAGAUGAAGGAAGCCCUAUGACACAACCGUAUCCAUUUUGCAGACCGCAAAUUACGGCUCUGCAGAAUACGGAUGCGAUCCAUGUGCAUCUCGCAAUUUUCACGGGACCCACCAUAGAAAAGCAUAUUCUUGUCCACAAAAUGGACAAGAAUAGGACAGGUUCUAGAAGUUGUGGCUCAGCCAGACGGAUGUGGACAGGACAGGGAUAACAUCUGUGUACUGUCUAUUUUAUUUCAUUUUUUUGUGGAACCAUAGAAAUGAAUGCGUACAAAAUGCGGAUUGUAUAUGGACCAAAAAUACGGUCGUGUGCAUGAGACCUUAGGGGAACUGACACUAUACAUUGGGGCUAAUUUACUGAUCCUGGCGGUGACUGAUGCUGCAUGAUACAUCUGGCGCAUAUUUAGAUGAUCUCGUCUAACUUCACACCAGCUGAUAGUUGGCUUAGUAUUAACUCAUUCGUAACUGACCACUCCCCUUUCUGCUAAGCCACACCCACUUGUAUCCAAAAAAGCCUCUCUAAGUGUGUUAAACACCUAAUAAAUGUACUGCAAAGUAUGUACGCCUGUUUUUUUUGGCCACAAAAUGUCCCCUUUUGUCUCUGCUGAAGUUUACAAUUGUGAGACACCACCUAAUACCAUUUAAUUUUAAUCUAAAGUUCUGUGCUAAUUAAUUUAUUAUUGUACAUUUUUUCUGAUAUGGAAAUAUGCAAUGCAGUAAGUUCCUGGGGGAUGGAUGCAGGCAGAAUGUUAUAGAACUCUAUAGAUGUGAGAGAAACCGGUGGUUUGGAUAAGGUAUGGGAAAAACAGACCUUUUAAGGGCUCUUUUAAACAAGCGAGUUUUCAGUGAACGCAUAGCAUCCAGUAUUCUGACCCAUUCAUUUCAAUGGAUCUGUGUACAUGAGCAUCGUCUUUCACGUAUCAUCUCCGCGUUAAGGAAAAAUCUCAGCAUGUUCUAUAUUGCGUGUUUUUCUUUUCACACAGCUCUAGCUCCAUAGAAGUGAAUGAGUUCUGUGUUAAAAACGGAAGGCAUCUGGCUGUAAUGCGCUCUCACUGAUGGUGGCUAGCAGAUAUAGAUUGUUGUUCCGUUUUUAACUGAAGCCCCAUUCACUUCUAUGGGGCCAGGGCUGCGUGAAAAACGCAGAAUAUAGAACAUUCUCACGCAAUGCAGAACUGAUGCGUUAAAAAAAUCGCCCGUGUACACAGACCCCUUAAAAUGAUUAGGUCAGGAUUCAGUACGGGUGCUAUGCGUUCACGUCACUCAUCGCACCCGCGAUAAAAAAUCUGCAUCUGAAAUUGACCUGCAGCACAAAUUUUAAAUCUGCAGCAUGUCCAUUUAUACUACAGAUUUCCACAGCAGAUUUUUCCAAUCCAAGGAAAUUCUGCAGCCAAAAUUCGUAAUACGCGUGCAACAGAAAUUCCGCUGUAGGAAAUAAACCCCUUGUGGCCGUAGCCUAAAGGAACACUAAACCUAGAUAUGAAUGAUAAACGUAAACGAGAAAUCGAGUUGUCCUCAGUGUCUGUCAUUCUGCAGCAUUUUCUGCAAGAUCCUGAAAAAAAGAUCUAUUCUACUGGAGACAGGGUACACCGAGGGGCUGCUGCGCCAGCCGGUCAGGACUGUGAGAAUGAAAAUGGGUAACAUGGUGGAACGCUUGUGUUGGGAUAUUAUAUAUAUAUAUAUAUAUAUAUAUAUAUAUAUAUAUAUAUAUAUAUAUAUAUAUAUAUUUUUUUUUUUUUUUGUGUGUGCAUUUUCUGUGUUAAUGUUAACGCUGACCAAACAUAUGGAACCUGUCACCAUAAAAUGCAGUGCAUUCUGCAGCAUGUAACGGAGCAGAAGAAGCUGAACGGAUUUACAUAUUGUUUCAUGGUAAAAUGUUCAUUAAAACUUUAUUUAUUAAAAUCUCUGCUCCUUCUGAGUUUGUCAUGUGGAUAGU